GUAGCGACCCGGGACUGUUGGGCUGUUGGGAAAAGCGGGACUUGGUGCUAUUAUUAAGGCUGUGUAGGGGAGACGACACGCAGGCACUUCAGCAUCCAACACCCCUCCCGAAGUCUACAUCUCACUGACAGCAGGGGGGCCCUGUGAGCCAACCACCAUGAAGCUUUACAGUCUCAGUGUUCUAUAUAAGGGAGAUAACAAGGUCAGUCUUCUGAAAAGUGCCUAUGAUGUCUCCUCCUUCAGCUUCUUCCAGAGAUCCAGCAUCCAGGAGUUUAUGGCAUUUACCAGCCAGCUGAUAGUGGAACGAUCAGAUAAAGGGAGCCGGUCCUCUGUGAAGGAGCAAGAAUACCUGUGCCAUGUGUAUGUACGAAACGACUCCCUAGCUGGGGUGGUGAUUGCUGAUAAUGAGUACCCUCCAAGAGUCUGCUUCACCCUUCUUGAAAAAGUACUUGAAGAGUUCUCCACUCAAGUGGACAGGAUAGACUGGCCAUCAGGCUCCCCUGCCACCAUCCAGUACAACGCUUUGGACUCUUACCUUAGCAAGUAUCAGAACCCUCGAGAUGCAGAUCCAAUGAGUAAAGUACAGGCUGAGCUGGAUGAGACCAAAAUUAUCCUGCACAACACCAUGGAAUCAUUAUUACAACGUGGAGAGAAACUGGAUGACCUGGUCAGUAAAUCUGAGGUCCUGGGGACACAGUCAAAGGCUUUCUACAAAACUGCACGGAAGCAGAACUCGUGCUGCGGCAUCAUGUGAUGGAAGAUCAGACGGCAGACCAAAUGGACACCAGACAAUGAACAAACACUAUAAUAUCAGGGGCAGUGUCCUGUCCCCCUUUUCUGUAAGGGGUGGUGAAUAUAAACGCUGCUGCCCUGGAUAAGUCCCCGCCCCCUUCAAGUGUUAACGAGGGACAGUUUUUUUGUUUUUUUAUGUUGUCUGUGAUGUGUGUCAGAUUUAUAUUACAAGACCCCCCUCCCCUGAUUCCCCCCCCCAUCCCAUACACAAGUUGGCAUACCUCCGUACCUGGAGGCAUGAUCUGAACAGUGUAACCAUUCCUUUAUCUCUAACAAUACUGGCUUUCUCUAUGCACAGAGUAAACGUGUGUGACGUUGAAUGUUAAUGGCGAGUAUUCCCAUAUAUAAGCAGCCUUGCCCCAGGCUCUGGAUCUGAUGCAGGUAGCACAGAAACAAACAAAGUCUUAAUUUAUAAUCAUCCUAUGGUGUGUAAUUAUGCUGCGUAAUUCUGUGCUCUGGGAGAUGUCCUUGUUCUUUGUAUGAAAAUCCCUCAGUGUGUGUCCAGCUUUAAACCCAUAAACAUGGGGCAGGGAACAUUUUAUAUAUUGAGGGGGGGGGGGGGGUUCGAGAAAAUAUAUUUCAAUCCCAGAGUCCUCAUCUUGCUGCAGAUACGGUAACAGAUUAACCCUGCUUUCUUGUCUUUUAACACUCUCCUACCUACAGGAGAUUCUACAUGAUUUUCUAGUUGUUUUUUUAACCACUUGUUAACCAGAGGAAUCUCCCUAUGCUAUUAAGUGUAUUACCCAAUAAAAGUACAGGGCUCACUGCUCUUUGUUUUUGUAAUGGUGCUUCUCGGCUGAAGCAAUGCCGUGACUGUAAGAACCUCAUUCACCUUGGGACGUGCAUUAACCCUUUUAUACUCCAGUUCCUGAAUGGUUGACCAAUGCCACCAGCUGACAUUUCAGGCCACUCCAGAAGAGUGAAUGUUCAAUGCCCACUUGGGGGGGCGGCAUACAAACUGUAUAGAUAAGUUAUUAUUGUAACUAAUUGUUCGUUUGUUUUACUGAUUUUCUUUUUGUCCCCCUCUCCAUUGAUGGUUUUCAUGACCCACUUUCAAAACUGUAUUUUAAUAAAGAUUGGCUGGACAUUUCUGUAUCAAA